GUUGUGUGCUUCUGCUGCCUGUCUGUCCGAACAACAACAGGGCGGGAGGCAAGGGGUUCUACUCUGUGUUUGCCACACAUUGCGAGGAAGGAUGAGCUGGGCAACACCAGCUGACGACAACCCCUUCGCCGACCCUUCGGUUUCUGCGGCGCAAGCCGGCGGCGGCGGCGGCGGUGGCGCGGCUCGGGGGUACGACAACUCCGCGCCAUCCUGGUUAGGCGGCGGGGCGGGGUCGGGGGCGGGGACGGGCGGGGCUCAGCCGCCGCCGCCACCGCCGCAGGCGCCUUCGGCGCCGGGGAUCGGUGGCGGGUUGCCGCAGCAAGCUGCUGCUGCGCCGACGGCAGCCGAGCUGGAGCGGCAAGCAAAGGUGCCGCAGCUCAUGAUCUACAUGCGCGUGGCGAACAUCGCGCUCUGCGGCAUACUCGGGGCGACCGCUGUCUUGAAGCUGAUUGGUGCAGGGGUCGACGUGGCGGGUGCGGUCCUGGCGUGCUACCUUUGCGCGUUCUCGUGCAUCCUCUGCUGCUUCGAGACUCACCUGAAGGUCGUGGCGAAGACUAUCGCAGCCAACUUCGGUUUCCUGUACAAUGCCAAGGGGCGGGCGGUCUUCCUCAUCUUCGUGGGAGUCUUAUGCUUCAGCUUGAAUUCGGACAUCGCGUUUGUUGCCGGCGCGUUGAUGAUGGUCAACGCCGUCUUCAACUUCUACGUUAUCUUCAAGUACCCGGAGUUCGAGCGGGACCUCCAGCGGAAAGACUUGGAAUCGGAGGGAAGGGACUACCUUCGGGCGAACCGCGGAGCCCUCGCCCAGGCUGGGGUCGAGUUCGCACGUAACAACCCGGAUCUUACCCGCAAGGGGGCUCAGGCAGCAGCCUCAACCUACGUCUGAGUUACCCUCACGGCAAGAACAAUGACGGUCCCAAUACGGACCAGGAAAUGUCGGGGGAUCGGGGAAGGGAAGCUUUGCUACCGGCCAUAUCCAUCGUGCUCCGGAAUACUGUAAUGUCGUUAGUGCUGAUUGCUAUGUAUGCUAGAGGAUGUGCCCCCCCCCCCCCCCCCCCC